GUGCGUGGAAGUGGGGGGGGGCAGAGCGCGGCCGGACGCCCCCGCGAUGCUGGUGCUGCUCGGCCUGGCCCUGGGAGCGCGGGGGGCAGGCGCGUUCCUGAUGCACGUGGCCAGCUCCUGCCCACUGGCGGCCAACGGCUCCGUGAUGGGCUUCGACUUCACCCUGGCCUUCAACAAGAACCCGCUGGUGUGCUACGACUCCGACACUCAGCGCUUCGUCGCCUGCGACUGGGGGCUGCUGCGGCUGCACGCCACCCACCUCGCCGCCCACCUCAACAACGACAGCACCUGGGUGCAGCGCGUCGAGGCCCGGCGCCAGGCCUGCAGCGACCUGGCCCUGCGUUACUGGGACUGGACGGCGCUGCGGCGCACGCAGCCCCAAGUCCGCAUCAUCCCCGCGGAGACGGGGAACGCCCGUGUGCCCGUCCGCCUCACCUGCCACAUCUGGGGCUUCUACCCCCCCGAGGUCACCGUCAUCUGGCUGCGCAACGGGGACAUCCUGGAGCCCGACGGCUACAACCCCGUCUCCGCCAUCCCCAACGGCGACUGGACCUACCAGACGCAGGUGUCCCUGAUGGUGGCCCCGGUGGCAGGCGACACCUACACGUGCUCGGUGCAGCACGUCAGCCUGCAGGAGCCUCUCCUGGAGGACUGGAGUCCCGGACUGCUGCCGGAGGUGACGAUAAUGGUGGCGGUGGCCACUGUGCUGAUGGUGGUGGGACUUGGCUUAUUUCUCGCUGGCGUCUACCGCUUCAAGGCCAGGCCUCCCGCCCCGGGUUACACUCCCCUCCCUGGAGACAACUACCCUGCAGGAAGCAUCUGAGGACCCCCAGACAGACACCUCCUGGCACCGGUGGCUCCCAGAUGGCCCCAUCUCAGACCCGAUGCUGCGGUGCUGAGAAUAAAGAUGGUCCACAAGCCCC